AUGAAAUACUGCUCGGCUGGACCGAGCAUGAUUCGUUGGAGUCUUGUGGGCAUUGUGAUAGCUGCUUUGAUAUGCACGUCAUGCGUGGAAGCUUUGCCCCAUCGUCACUUGAAUGGACGCUUGCUGCACGCUCGAAACACCCCUGAUGAGCAUCAAGCAGUGCCAACAAGCAGUACGGUGGAUGUUCCAUCAGCGCUUGAAAGCACUGUGUCCGAAGUGUUUGACAAGCCUCGCAUUGGCGUCACCAAGGAAGGUCACAAGGUUCCUUCUUAUGGCAAGAGGAAUGAAACAGAAAGGAAGAAGCUUGCUGAAGAACUUCACCGUUCGAUUCAGAAGCAGCUCGAGCAAGAAAGCGUAAAUGGAGGCGUUGAGCUCGACCUAAGUAGCAUUCUUGGCGACAUGUACAAUGGCCGACUCAAAGUGGAAGGCGAGAUGGACAAGAAGCAUAACAAAACUGAUGUGAGUGAGACAAUUCCCAAGUCGAAAUCGUCGUCUUCGAGGUCCAAGUCGCAUUCAUCGUCGUCUUCGUCUUCUUCGGAAUCCAAGUCAGUAACGUCUUCAUCGUCAAAGUCUAGGUCAUCGUCGUCGUCGUCUACGACUUCAUCUUUGUCGUCAAGCUCGACAUCAAAGACCAAGUCUCCAGCUUCAAGUUCAUCAUUGAGCUCGACGUCAAAGACAUCCACUAUCAAGACAUCUUCCUCAUCAAAAAUGACGACGAAAAGACUUUCAUCUUCCUCGGGCUCGACUUCCUCGUCUAAGAAGAGCUCGUCUUCGUCGUCAUCCAAGCCUUCAUCCUCGUCGAAACCAUCUUCCAAGACGUCCACUUCGUUGUCCAACUCCCAGACGACGACGUCUAAGUCACCAAGCCCUAAAGGCCGUACUGCUGCUCGCGUUGGCAACAAGUUGGGGCAUGGUGGAUUUUAUCGCAUCGCCAAAGACAGCCCUGCAUCAUCGGCACAGCGUCUGGGUCAUUCCAGCGUUAAUGGUGGCCGCGUAGCAUCUGUAUCAGCAGAUGAGCCUCAUGGCAACUUGCCCAACCAAAGUGUAAUCACGAACAAUCCAUCUUACGGAUUCUUGGAGGCACAGGAUGAUUUGUACACGAUCCGAAAAUGGGCUGGCGACCUUGGUAAACUUGCUAGUAAGAAGAACAGAAACGAGACAAUUAUGGCUCUCUUUAAUGCUGCUUCACGAUACUACCCUGAUGUGGACACAAAAGUGGUCGUCCGAAUCAUGCUAGCAGACAUCAAGGCUGAGUCAGACUUCCAAAAGUCGAACCAGAGCCCCGGCCGUGUCGAUUCAGGCGACAGUCUGGGUCUCUUGCAAGUAAGUCCGUAUGGCUCAGGUGAGUUGAAGCAAUUCCAGAACAUGGUUCAGGUUGAACACAACACAUACUCUUGGGCUAUCGGUACAGCGUCUGAGGGAGAAGUGGAUGGGGGUGGUCGUUCGGAAUUAGGUGCACUCGUUGAUUUCAAGACGAAUAAGCGUAUCGACUUGGACAGCUUGUCUGAAGAUGAUCUGAGCCGCCCUUGGAUCAACAUCCAUAUUGCCAUGUGGAUUCAGUCGAAUCUGGCUAGGACGGGUAGUCAAGACCCUAGCUCAUGGAAGAAGAUUGCUUCGAACAGCAAAGCCGUUAGGAAAGCGUAUGCACCGGCAAUGAAACAAAUCAUCUCUUCGAUCGAGGAGAGCAGCAACAACGAUGAUACAGACUCGAGAGAGGCGGCGGCAUGGUCGAAUUCGUCCUCGAGUUCGUCGUCAUCAAGCUCUAGCUCUUCAUCUUCCUCGUGGGACAAGGAGGAGUACGCAACGAAGCUUAAAGCACUUAAUAAGCAACUCAAGGGAUCACACAGCCAAAAGCGAAGCUUUGCAACAGGUCUAGGCUCCUGGGUUGCUGGUCCUUCUGCAGACGACAGCUCGGGUUACAACCGCUCAGGCGAUGAUGUCAGUAACAAUUACUUUAAGAAUAUUGGCGAAGGCCUCUCUGUCAUGUACACUGGUAGUACCAGCCACCGAGACAAGUACGGCAAGUCUUACCUUGAAAGCAUUGAGCUUGUCGGCGGCCUCGUCGACUAUAAGGAGUAA